AUGUCGCUCAAUCCAAGUCGACCUUCCUCUUCAGAGUUAACAAGAAUGGAUUUAUUUGAAAAUAUUUUAUUAGUCUAUUUUGUGCAGAAGAUUAGAAGAUCUAGGAUCAUUUCCUUCUUAUUUUCUGGCUUUCCCUAUUCAUUCUUACUUUAUCAUAUUCGUUCUCCUUUCAAAUCAUCAGCUGGGGGAAAAGCCACUCCAAAGGAAAGCAAGGCUGCAAAAAAUCAAAUUGGAAAUUCUGAGUUUCCAGGAUCAUUGGAAGAUUCAAAUAAUGACUAUUUUAACAACAAAAAAAGUCAGUUUCUUUGGAAAAAUGAAGAUGAUGUAGCUAUCAGUAGAAGACAGGACAGUCAGACAGGUGAAAAACAGUACACCACCCUACCAGAUCUUAUUGAUUUUCCUUCAUAUCCUUGUCAACCUGUUUUUCCUUCAGGAAUAACUGAUAUCCCUUUAUUACAGAUGGAAAGGGAGAAGAUUAUCCAACAAAUGAAACAAGUAAAGGAAGAAAGAAGAUAUCUGGAAAGAAUUAGAGAAGAACUAAUAAAAAAAGUUGAAAAGCUAUUUAAACAAAGCAAAUUGAAGCAAUAUCAGGCCUCUGAUGGUUGGAAGAAAAAAUACUUUGAAACAAAGAAAGUCACAGCAUCAUUGGAGGAGAUUUUAACAAAACUUCGAGAAGAUUUGGAACUUUACUAUAAAAAAUUGCUCAUGCAACUUGAAGCCAGGGAGAUCAAGAUGAGACCAAAGAAUUUGGAAAACAUCACAGACUCUAAGAAUUAUUUAAUCAUCCAGAUCACUGAGGUACAGCAUGCAAUUGACCAACUUAAGAGAAAAUUGGAUACUGACAAAAUGAAACUCAUAAUAGAAGUUAAGAUGAGAAAACAAGCAGUUUCAGACUUACGAACAUUGAAAGCUGAACUGGCACAGAAAAAAUUAAUACAUCUCUACGACCUCAAUUAGGUAUGUUAAUUUAAAAGUUUUGUUGAAAAAUGUAAAUAUUUAUUUGAGAUUUAACCAUUAUUCUCCUUGGUAAUGUUUAACAUAAAUCAUAAGGUUUACCUUUCUUCACUUUUUAUGUAGAUAUUACAAAGUGUUUCAAUUAAUACUAAAUGUAAGAUAAAGCAAA